AUGUCUCUUGACCCUUCUCAGCGAUCUACACACCAACAAGAAAGCAACACGAAUUCCACUCUCUCGCAGAACCAGUCAGUCGAACGCCAACAUGACGUCGCUGAACCUCACGAGGCGCCUGGCGCAUCCGGGAUCCUCACCGAUCCUGCAGCGCAGCACGAGCAACACAAUAACGACGCAGGACAUGUCACAGACCGCAACGCCGACACGGACGCCUCGACCAUAGUUCGCGUCACUGAUCCUCGUGCUGUCGAGGUUGAAGCUCAGAACGGUCACGCCGACGCGUCGGACGAGCCAUCGGCUGUCAUCGACGUCGCGCGAUUGGCACCCGAACUGCUCAUCCGAACAUUCGCCUUCCUCGACCCGGUCUCGCUCUCUCGCGCUGCGGCCGUCUGCCGUGCGUGGGCACUAGUUGCUCGCGAUGAUGCCACCUGGAGAGCCGCCUUCGCUACUUACUUCAGCCUGGAGGCAGCACAGGCGCAUCGCGCCGCCUCCCUCGAGGUAUCUGCAACGCCCGCGCUUCGCCGUCUCACCAAUGCAUCUUGGCGUCAAGAGUUCCAACAACGAGUGGACCUUCUCCGUCAAUGGCGAAAGUCACGGACGCCCACUGUUCUCAGCACGCCCCGCGUCGACAUCAUCAAGAAGAUCUCGCUGUCGAAACAGCAUCGCAUUCUUCUCUCGGCUACCGACACGUACGGCGUCGCAUCGCGUUCCAACCCUUGGACCGGCAAGGUGAUCAAAGGCUACCUUGAUGCAGAGGGAACCGUCAACGGUGCAGGCAAUGGCAAUCCGAAUCAAGAAUUCAGUCCGAACGUGACAUCGCUCAAUAUGAGCUCUGACGCCUCGCAUAUCUUCUGGGGAUUCCGCUCAGGUGAAGUGGGCAUGACGAUCAUCUCCAGGCAAGGAGCGAAUCCCCGCGGAUUGAUUCGCAGCGUGCGCUUCACGCCCCGCGCAUCUCAUGCAGGGCCCGUCACGGCCAUUGCCAUCCCGUUCGCCAGCGACAGUGACGGAGCUCACGGCCCAGGUCGUAGCCCCGAACGUCUUCGACAGGCCACUGCCAUGCUCGGCGACGUUGCAUCCACCUUUGUCACCGCUGGCUUUGACGGCAGCGUACGCCUGUGGUCCUCGGAACGCCAAUGGCCGCUCUGGAUUGCAGCUUCCUCGACAAAAGCUCCAUUGGCCAAUGCCAUAUCCUCAGGCACGCCUGAUCAGAACAAUGCCGAAACAGCUGCUCCCCUCUGCGCACUUGCCUACGAUGCAAAAAGUGGCGUCAUCGUAGCCGGCAGCACCACCGGCAAGGUCUUUGUUUGGACACACAUUGACGUGGCAGCGCUGCUCCGCAUUCCUCCAGAAGCUACCGACCCGGAGCAUCUCCAGAACGGUUCGCCAGGACCCGAGACUUUGGAGGCUCACGGGCAGUUCCUCCGCCUCUCACAGGCGAUUUGCCCGACCACCAUUAACAUGCCCCCAGGUGCCGCUGCAGAAGUCGCUGUGAGCUCCAUCUUCAUUGACGCUGCCUCCAAGCCGACGGACGCCGGCUCGAGCGCACAAGACUGCUCGAUCCUAGUCCACCACUCUGGCGCCCGAGUCUUGCUGCGCCACCGCAUCUCGCAAGACCCAUCCGAUUCCGUCGAGACGACCAUCCUUGGCGCCGCGGUGAUGGACGAGAUCACAGCCAUCCGCGUCGACUUCGAGCCUCGCCUGCCCAAACGCGAUCCCCGGUCCACUGCACACAGCCCCUCCAUCAGCGUCCACGCCUCACCCACACUCUCCGCCACGAAACCGGAGAAAGGCACCACCCUUGCCAUCGGCCAGACGUUCGACACGUACGACACCUCGAGCCAGUACCCUGAACGGAAACUCGUCUGUAUCGGCACCAAGUCGGGUUCACUCUUCCUGUUCGACUGGGAGAGCACCGGCUCUGCCUUCUCCCUCGACACGCAACAUGAAUGGCAAGGUCCAACUCCCCGCUUCCAGGGCAAACUUCAGCUACUCCCCUCCAUCGGCUGGGAAGCACACCACACAUCCAUCACCGCCCUCGACAUGACACCGCUGCACAUCUUCGUCGGCACCUCAGACGGGACGAUCAAAGUGUUCGACUCUCUCGCGGGUGACCUGCAACGGACGAUCAACGACCGCACCGCGACACGGCACCCUGCUCGGAUGCUCGCUGCGGGCGAACUGACUGAAUCGGAAGCGGCGCGGUUCAGAGUGACGCAGAUCAUCGCGGACCACGAAUGCCUCGUAGCAUCCAUCGGGCAUCAGGUGCUGGCGUUCAAAGCGGAGGCGUGGAUUUCGAAGCGCGCUGCGGCUGCCGCAGGUGCCGGUCCAGCGAGCAAGACGAGGGGAGCCCAACCGAGGUUGUCGGACAACAAGUGGUUGGGGCAGGUGGAGUUGCGGCGCGAUGUGAGGGAGACCGAGGCCGAGUUGGAGGCCGAGGCUGAGGAGAGGGAGGUCGAGUAUAGUAAGAUUAGGAACAGGCAGGGGUUCGAGUUGGAAGGUCUGAGUGAGACCGAGGCGUUGGAGUAUGCGUUGAUGCUGUCGAGGGAUGAGGAGGCUGCGACCGCGACGAGCAAGGCGAGGCACAUGGGUGGCGCUGGAUAUGUUCCGGGUGCGCACGCCGGGUCGAGUAGGAGACCCAUAGAGACGCCAGUGGAGGUAGUGGAGGACCCGGAGUUGGCGGAUGCGCUGGAACAGAUCGCGUUGGCCGAAUCUAGGGAGUCGACGCCAUUCCACCCUUCGCCCAGGUACAGACUGCUCGAGGAUACGGACUUCGAUGUCGACCUCGACGACCUCGACGAGCCGUCCGGCCGACCCUCCCCCUCUCCCUCACCGGGCGCCUCCCCUUACCUGUCAGAUGUGUCAUCGCCCCCUUCACGAGCAUGGACGAUCCUCUCGCAAGCCGGAGCGAGCGCCACCACCCCCGCCCACGCCUCGGAUCGGUGGGGGUCGCACUCCAAGGUUCGAACCGUGAAUGUUCCGCGCCAGGCGCGGCUGAGCUCGCCCACUCCUGCCGAGGCGAUGUCCAUCAGCAGCAGUUUGGGUAGCAGCGUUCGGUCGCCACCGGAACUACACUCGCCGAGGGACUUCCCGGCAAUGGAGAGCCCGCGCCACACUCCGGCGGUCGGAGGGGAGGGGCUGACGCCGGGUCAAGUGUCUCCGUUCUUCAGAAGAGGUUCUGGGUUCAACGCGACCAGCUCGCCUGCCAGUCCCGGGCCAGGAGCCGUGGGAAAGUGGACCAAGAGCCCGAAUCUUCGUCCAGUCGACGCGAGACCGAACGCGUGGGCCAGUCGAUCGCCACGAGCGUCUACGAGCGGCGAGGCCAAGCCAAGUCUGCUAGCCGAGUCGCUGAAGGAGGGCAAGGGCAAGGGUCGCGCCGAGGCUGCUGGGGAGGGCAGGCCGGCGGCGGACGCGGAUGAGCAAGACAUGGACGAAGAGAUGCGUUUCGCGAUUCAGCUCAGUCUCGCCGAGCAGCGAUCUAGGACCGAGACUUGA